AUGAUACCCUCGACGAUUACGGCCAUUGCCGCACUGGUGACACUGGCUUCUGCGGCCCCGAGACACCAUUAUCACAAUUCGACUGGUCCUGCGCCUGCCAAUACAUAUGCAGAAUGCCAACGCAAGACUCACAAUCCAUUGUCUGGCUGUCCCAAGGGCACGCUAUACGUCAGCCAGGCCAACAGAAGCCAUGCCGAUUUCACAAGCAUUCAGGCUGCGAUUGCCUCGCUUCCCGACGAUGACUCGGCCCAUGUAAUCCUGAUUGCCCCAGGAAAUUACACGGAGCAGCUCAACGUGACGCGUCCCGGUCCCCUGACUCUGCUCGGCGUCAGCGACGACCCGGUUCGCGGCGCGUCGUACGGGGCGGCCGUUACCUCGGACACGGACCGCCGCAACGAGGUCCAGGUGCUCUGGGCCGCGGCCAACUCGGACAACACGGGCAAGAUUACCGAUAAUGCCGUCACCACGGUCUUGACCGUGGCGCCGACGUGGAAUGCAUCGCUGACGGGCACGGGCCCGACGGGCUUUGCGGUCCCGGCCGAUACGCCCUUUGGCAACAGCGACUUUCGCGCGUAUAAUAUGGAUUUCCGCAAUGUCUUUUCCGAGUACGCGGCGGGACCGGCCUUGGCUGUUGGCGUGUCGUAUGCCAAUGCUGGCUUUUAUGGCUGUGGUUUUUAUAGCUACCAAGACACCGUCUAUAUCGGCAAGCUGGGCAAUGCGUAUUUCUACGAUAACGUGAUUGCCGGCCAGGUGGACUUCUUGUAUGGGUUUGGCACGGCCUGGAUUGAGCAGUCAACACUGGCACUGAGGAGCUGUGGUGGAGGUGUUACGGCUUGGAAGGGCACCAAUACUACCUUUGACAACAAAUACGGCGUCUACGUUUCAUCGUCGAGCGUAAUCGCCGCCAACACCUCCAUCGCCACCACGAUUGUGGGGGAAUGUCCGCUCGGUCGACCCUGGAACAACCUGCACCGCAGCAUCUUUACCGACACGUACCUGGACGCCAGUAUUCUGCCCGCGGGCUACAUUAUCUGGCAGGCGACGGACCCGCGCUUUGCCGCCAACAUUACCCUCGAGGCCGUGUACAAUAAUCGCGGUCCCGGCAAUGAUGUCGCCGCGCAGCUGGCGAGUAAUGUGACGAUAGUCUUGGAUUCUGACGGUUUUGCGCCGUAUAGUGGCCCGGCAAAAGUUUUCAUUACCCCAGAUGGCGAAACGGAUAAUACGGCUUGGAUUGAUAGGAGUGUUUAUAGAGAGUAA